AUGUGGGUCAUGGGAGCAAUCCUGCUCCUCUGCCCAGAAUCCCUUUCAGGUUCUACUGAAGAUUCAACAAUCAUCUACUCGGAAAUUACAGUGCCCAGGCAGCUGGAGGCAAAGGAUGGGACCUUCACAGAGGGGGACGUGUCCUAUUUAAUAACAGCAGAAGGAAGUCACCACAUCGUCCAUCUGACGCGGGCAAAAAAUCUGAUAGCCAAGGACAUCCCGAUUUUCACAUACAGUCCAGAGGGAGAGCUGAUAACCGAGUUUCCAUAUAUUCAGGAUGACUGCUACUACGAGGGGUUUGUGGAGGGCUCCCCGGGAUCCAUCGUCUCCCUCAGCACAUGCUUCGGGAUCAGCGGAGUUUUGCAAAUUGGAGAUCUGAGUUACGAAAUCGAGCCCGUGGAGAACUCCUCGACGUUUCAACACCUCAUUUACCGAAGGGCGUUGGAAGGCGGCUCACAUCAGCUGUGCCAAGUGCCUGAAGAGCACCAGGACCAUCUGCUUGAAGAUGGAGAACUUGUAAACGUGAGUCAUAAAAUCCUUGUUAUCAAAGAGGUUCCUGGUCUCCCAGUCCUCCCCGUGCCCACCAGAUACUUGGAGCUGGCUCUGAUCACAAACAAAGAACUGUUCAAAGUUAACCACCGCAACGAGACCCGCAUGCUGCAUCUGUUCAUUUCCAUAAGCAACCUCCUGAACACGGUCUACAAGCCCAUGAAGCUGCAGAUCAUCAUCAGCGCGGUGGAGAUGUGGACCAGGAGGGACCGGGUGCCACCCGGCCGCAGCCUGGCCCAGGCACUUCAGGGCUUUGCCGCGUGGUGCCAGAGAGACGCCGUCAGUCGCAUUAAUUACGACCAUAUCCAAUUAUUGCUUGGCCAGCGCUACAAGGAACGGGGAUUUGCCUGGAAGGGGACAAUGUGCCAGAUGAACUCCAUGGGUGUCGUCUCGUUCCCCGGCCACGACACCACCAGCAACGUGAUGACGCUGGCCCAUGAAAUAGGCCACAGCUUAGGCUUCAGCCACGACGACACGGAACAAUUUCACGACAGAUUUUGCAAUUGCAACUGCACCCUCAGAGGAUGCAUCAUGCGAACAUCCCCGGGAUCUUGCUUGGCAUUCAGUAAUUGCACAAUGGGAGAGUAUUACAAUGAAGUAAUAAGAAAAAAACUACCUUGCCUAUUCAACAAACCAUCUUUAAAAUCACGUCUUCUUGAACUCUGUGGCAACGGUGUCUUGGAAAAAGAGGAAGAAUGUGAUUGUGGCAGUGACAAGGCAUGCCUGCAAGAAGGAUGCUGCCUCUCCUCCAGCUGCUUGCUCACCCCGGGGGCUUCUUGUUACAGAGGCGAAUGCUGUCACAAAUGUCAGUUACAGCCAGCAGGAAAAAUCUGCAGAGAAGCCAGGAGCGUCUGUGAUCUCCCCGAGUACUGCAACGGCUCUUCAGGGUCCUGCCCCGUGGAUGUAUAUAAGGAAGACGGAACCCCCUGCGGCAACAACCGCUGCUACGACGGGCACUGCCACAGCCACGAGGCACAGUGCAAGGCUUUGUUUGGCAGAGCCGCCCAUCGCGCCCCGCUGAGCUGCUUCAGGGAAGUAAAUGUUCGAGGCGACCGGUGUGGGAACUGCGGCUGGAAUGGGAUGUACUACACGAAAUGCCUGGAAGAGAACGUCCUGUGCGGAAGAGUGCAGUGUGCCAACAUUGACAGGGUACCCGCCAGGCAAGACGGCGAGACCGUGGUUCAGACUAUCGUGAACGACCAGCUCUGCUGGGGCCUCGACUUUCACCUGGACCCAGACACCCCUGACGAGGGAUCCGUGAAAGACGGCACAUCGUGCGGUAGAAACAAGAUAUGUAUGAACAGGACAUGCGUCAGCGCAGCUUUUCUCAACAAUGACUGUACGGAGAAAAAAUGCAAUGGCAGAGGGGUGUGCAACAAUAAGAGAAAUUGUCACUGCGAUUUCGGAUGGGCCCCUCCUGACUGCAAGCUGGUAGGAUUUGGGGGCAGCGUUGACAGCGGACCGCCUCCUUCUUUGCACAUUGCAAGGAAUAUGGGGAAAGCUGCUGGAAUCCUCUUACUCUUCUUGACUUUGGGCCUUUUGCUAUACAAGAGGGUUGCCAUCGCUCAGUGGAUCCGGAGGUGGCAACUUAGAAGACAGGAAAAAAAUCGUAAUACCACUCCUCCUCUGAAAGAAGAGAACCUAGCAGAGGAAGAGGAAAGCCUUUCUAAGGACUAAGCCUGAUUCUUCACAGGACACAAGACCCCAGG